UUAACCUUUCCCUUUAAUGGAUUACCCGUAUGAGAGAAUACAUGUACCACAUUUAAUGAGAAUGCUACUAAACAGGUCGAUCGCGGAUGGUAACUAAUAAACAAACUAGAUAUUAACCUUUUAUAUUAGAAAUGGAUGGUAAACCUAAAAAAAAGCAAAGGCAUUUCUCAAUACUUGUUACGGGUUCGUCAGGCUGUGGGAAGACAAGCUUGAUUAAUCGCUUAAUUAAAGAUACCUUCAAUAAAGAACAUGUACCUACACAACAUAUGAGUAAGAUGAAAUAUGUUGCUCAAGUAAACGGAAAACGAAUCAAUGUACAGAUAUCUGACACAGAUGCAGAGAGAAAUUACGAGGGUUAUUCUAUCAAUUACUAUGCUACUAUGGAUGCACUUAUUAUAAUCUAUGAUAUUUCCAACCAGGAAUCUUUAGAAAAUGUGACGGACAUUUGUGAACGACGGAAAGCAGUAUACAUUCUUGUAGGGAACAAAUCUGAUAUGAAGCGUGAAAUUAACAAAGAAGACGUGGAGAUUUUUGCAGAAAAGAGACAGAUGCCUCACAUAGAAACAAGCGCAAAAUUAAAUGAAAACGUAACCGAAAUGUUCAUGUCUGUAAUAAAACGACUUAUAGAAAAUUGCGGUAAUAUUGAUGAUUAUUAUGAUAGAAAUAGUGAAUAUGACGGGGAUGAUAAUGUACCUAUAACCUCAAAGAGAAAUAGCAGCUGCAGUUGUGUUAUAAGUUGAUAAAUUCACUGGGAAACGUUUUGAAAACUAGAGACUGUCAUCUAGACUAGUGACAAUCGUGAACAUACCUCAAAAAUUAACUAUCAUACCUUUAGUAAAUUUAUCGAAUAUAUGAUCGUUUCAAGUUAUACGAUUCAAGGAGAAGAACUUGAAUGACAAAAUAUAAAAGUAAUAUAAAAACCUAGAUAAUCAUUCUCAUUUCUUAUUGGUUGAUAUGAAGUUAAGAUAUCAAAACAAGCGUACAAUUAAGUACACCAUACAUUUGUAUUUUAUGUAUUUGAAAUAUGAAAACACAAAUUAAUUAACUGCUUAUUUGUGUAUUAAUCAAUGUAUAUGCGCUCAAAUAGUUAUUAUCCUCUUCUCAUGAUUUUUCUGCUUUUGACACCUGACAACAAUGGUGAUUCUAAAAAUAAAAUGUAUUUACUCAGGGUAAUAAACAUAUUGUUUGACUUU